AUGGACUCUGCCUCGAGACGACGACGAAGAAGGCGAGUUGCCGACGAGAAUCGCAAAAGGGCACCCCGAGCGGAGAAAUCGCCUGUUACCCAGGAUACUGCGUCGAGUGACCUUCCCGAACCUGGUAUAGUUGCUACAUCGACCAGAAACCGAGCCCAACUACUGCAAGAUGAUAUCGGUCAUACUGAUCCGCUUUCUCCGGCAUCGGUUUUGUCCCAAAAGCUCGCCGAACAUGUUGUUGCAGGUCAAUCUAAAAGGGCCCCGUGGCCAAACAUCCUCUCCCGUCUGAGGGAGGCUUUCUCGCUAGAUCCGGAUGCUGCACCCGAAGAGAGGGACAUGGUCGCCAUGCAAGCCCAUAUGACCCGUCCAAAGGCACUUCAUCCAUAUGAGGUGGCACGUUUACAUGCAGCAAUUGAUGCAUUCCCCCCGCGCCCCAUCGCCGACUUUUUGAUUUCGGUAUUCAUUAAACAUGCAACAGAUACAUUCUUCUACUUUGACCAGGACCAAAUUCUGUCCGAGAUUGACCAAUUCUACACAGACACCACCUCGCCGUUAAGAUCUGACUUGAGCUUUGUUUGUCUUGCAAUGGCAACAUUCGCACUAGGUAGUCAAUGGACGCCCCUAGAAAGACCAGAUGAAUUUGCAGUCAGCCUACAUCGAGAUAAUGAUGAUUUAGGUCAAGUGUUCUAUACUCAUGCCAAAACGCUUAUACCCGACUUAAUUGACCGACCCUGUCUCCGAUCCAUUCAAGCGCCCUUCUUGCUAGGUGUCUAUCUAAUGCCAGCAAGUGCCAUCGGAUCAUCCUAUGUCUACAUGGGCUUGGCUUUGCGCAAAGCAUUGGCAUUUGAUCUCCAUCUCAACCCAGAAGAUCAAGCAGUUGACGACCGAGAGAGAGAGGUCCGAUGUCGGUUAUGGUGGUCAAUAUAUUCCCUCGAGAGGUGUACCACUAUCAAACUAAGCAGGCCUCGCUCUGUUGAUGCCAAUGUAGUCAAAGUACCACAUCCAUCGCCUCUCCCAGCACUGGAUCGUCUGCAAAAAUACAACAAUAUUCAAUUCCAGAUGGCGUAUGCUCGUCUGAUCAAGAUCCUCGAUCGAAUUGCCGAACCGUGUAGUGGUGUCACCGAAGCGGAAGAACAGUCAGAAUCCGAAGGUCUGGCUUCUGAUCUUCGACAGUGGAAGAAGUCCUUACCGCCAGAUUUCAAGCUUGAAAACGUGGACCCCAAAGACUCAAGAUAUCGCACGAUCUUCCAUCUCUAUUUGAAUUAUUACUAUGCGUGGAUAACCAUGGGAAAAGUCGCCCUCGUAACAGUUGCCCGAACGAGCCUUCGUUAUCAUAUGUUUCCUGCGUCGCGCCCUCCUGGUCCAAGCGAGGCCACCUUGAUGCAAUCCCGAUAUUGCGCAAAGGCGGGCAGAAAACUUCUCCUACUGUUCGAGAAUUUGACACAAACCCGCAAGAUCACUCGUUUCUCAUUCACGGACUUCCAGGGAUGCAGUAUUGCGACGAUCGUGACGCUAGUGGCUGGGAUCACAGAACGAGAUUCAGGAUACAAUGCUCGAGUGAAAUUUGGCUUAGACUGUCUUCGGAGAAUGGCAACUGGAAACAUGACAGCUAAAUUGGGGGUAAAGUUUGUUGAAGCCGUGCAGUCGAUAACAAACGAGGCCGCGGAGAAGCUCCAUCAAGCGUCAUCCACGGCUAACGAAACGCAGGAUGUACAAGAUUCGGCUUCGACAUCUGAUUACAAUCAAUGGGCUGAAUGGCUUACCAGAUUGGAACGCUCUCAGACCCUGGAGCAAAGAGCAAUCCAUGAGGCAGAGCCCGAUGUGCCCUUUCCACAUACUGUACUGCAUCCACCACAGUCAAACGAUAAUACGCCCGAUUGGAGGACUGCUGGUGAACAGUAUAUCCCGGAAAGCUCAACCCCGCAAAGCCUAGCACAUGGUUCAACUAUGUUGCGGGAGUUCCAGUCUAUAGAGUACGACCUUUUGUCGGGAUUCCAGAGUGAUGAUCCAGCCUUUCUCAUGGGCUUGACUGGGAUUGAUGUCCUAGACUUCUCUGGGCUCACAUAA